UUCAGUGAGCGUUACCGACGUGUGCCGUCUGGAGCCGUUUUGUCAAUGAGGACAACUCUAAACUUGCGUACAAGUAACCUUAAGAGCAACACUGAUUUUCUUCAGCUGCGACCUGACGUUAAUUGUGAAGUAAACGUAGGAACGCUCUUUCUUUAAAACAAAUCCCUUUACUUUGUCACAGUUAUCUUACGUUUGUAUCGUCGCUUUAAUGCGGCUGUCAGAUUCACGUCUGCCUCAAAACUGAAGCGAACACCAGUGUAGUAGAUGUUGAACUUUCAGUUUAUUUCAGCGAAACCCGAAGCAUGUUUUUAAUUACUGAGAAGUGACACAUUUCACUUUAAGUCAGUGCUGUAGUGAAUAGCAAAAGCCCGAAUAUUUUCUUUAUUGUGGCUUCAGUGUGUAGAUUCACCACGUCGCACCAUCAUCAGUCUUCGUUAAAACAGUUCGGCUGUUUCUUUUGCCGUUUUUGAUGUCCUGAGAGAAAAAUGAAGGUUGAGCCUGAGGGACACCGCUUUAUUAUGUCGCUUUUUUUACAGCAAGGCUGAAGGGAAAUUUAAAGACCUAAAAAUAAAGUGUCGGUUUCUACUCCACAAAGAAUCAUUUGAACUUCCUACCGCAGAAGGAGCAGGACAUAAAUAGUUCUGACAUGUGGAUGUAAUUUCAGAAAAAAGGCAGACAGAUGCAGAGAAAUAAAACGCGAGCGGGAGGAGAGAGACUGGGAACAGUUUGAAUCGAGCCUGCAGAUCUGUGACAAGGAAAAGCCGUGAGAAAAUAUUCAUAAUUUUACAAGCAAACGAUGUAAUGGGAGGGGAGCGGACAGCAGCGAAAUGACUGGCUCUUUGACGGCGCUUUAACAGACGUAAACAUCAGAGAAAUCCCAUUUAAGUUGACAUCAAUUUGCGUGAACUUGUCGGGAUGGGAGCCACGCUGAUCGUACACACUUUAGGUUUUGUCUUUUGUGGCACCUUGCUGAGUUUCGUCUAUGGUCUGGUUGAUGCUGAUGAUGUCCUCACUAAAGAAGAACAAAUCUAUCUUCUGUUCAACGCAAAACGAAAAUGUGAGCGAGCAAUCAAGUCCAAGCAUAAAAUCACUGAGGGUUACUGCAUGCCGGAGUGGGAUGGCAUUGUAUGCUGGCCCGAGGGACUUCCUGGAAGGACGGUGUCCGCUGCCUGCCCGGUGUACAUACAUGACUUCAACCACAAAGGACAUGCUUACCGGCGCUGUGACAGCAAUGGGACCUGGGAGUUGGUGUCAAAUAACAACAAAACCUGGGCUAAUUACAGCGAGUGCGCCAAAUUCCUCAACCAUUCUGACCCGACUCAAGAGAGGGAGGUUUUUCACAGACUUUACCUGAUCUACACGGUGGGCUACUCCAUCUCUCUGGGAUCACUUAUGGUGGCGACAGUCAUCCUUGGAUACUUUCGGCGGCUGCACUGCACCAGAAACUACAUCCACAUGCACCUGUUUAUAUCGUUCAUGUUGAGGGCCAUUAGUAUAUUUGUGAAAGAUGUGGUGUUGUACUCCGGUGCCGCGCUGCUGGAAAUGGAGCGCAUCACUGUGGAGGAUCUCAAAUCCAUCACAGAAACCCCUCCUGCCAACAAAACCAAGUUUAUUGGCUGUAAGGUGGCCGUCACUCUCUUCUUGUACUUCUUGGCGACAAAUUAUUACUGGAUUCUGGUGGAAGGCCUGUACCUGCACAGCCUUAUCUUCAUGACCUUCUUCUCAGACAGGAAGUACCUUUGGGGCUUUACUUUGAUUGGCUGGGGUGUUCCUGCGAUGUUCGUAACCAUCUGGGCCAGCAUGAGAGCCACUCUUGCUGACACUGAGUGCUGGGAUUUAAGUGCAGGGAACCUGAAAUGGAUUGUACAGAUCCCUAUUCUGACAGCAAUUGUUGUAAAUUUUUUGUUGUUCCUGAAUAUAAUUAGAGUUUUGGCAACAAAACUGAGAGAAACAAAUGCAGGAAGAUGUGACACCAGACAACAGUUUAGAAAGCUGUUAAAAUCAACACUGGUUCUUAUGCCGUUGUUUGGGGUUCACUACAUUGUGUUCAUGGCAAUGCCCUACACAGAAGUGUCUGGAGUGCCUUGGCAAAUCCAGAUGCAUUAUGAAAUGCUCUUUAACUCAUUCCAGGGAUUCUUUGUUGCAAUUAUAUAUUGCUUCUGCAAUGGAGAGGUCCGGGCAGAAAUCAAGAAGUCAUGGAGUCGGAGGACACUCGCUCUGGACUUCAAGAGAAAAGCCCGGAGUGGCAGUAACACGUAUAGCUAUGGACCCAUGGUGUCUCACACCAGCGUCACUAACGUGACCGCACGAGGCCCUCUGGCCCUGCACCUCACGACCCGCCUGAGGCCCGUCUCCAUCAACGGCCACCGGAACCUUCCGGGAUACGUGAAGAACGGCUCAGUCUCUGAGAACUCCAUCCCGUCCUCGGGUCAGGAGCUCAACAUACAAGAGGAAGAACCUUCGAAGAACUUCCACAUGGAAAAAACCAUCCCGGUGGUGGAGGAGGAAAGAGAAACAGUCAUGUGACAUUAACAAACUUUAAUAAAGACAAUGAAAAAUGCUGAAGGAUUAGAGAGUCCUUUGUUUCUCAGGAUUUCCUCACAAUUUGGGUUGUGGGACCAUCUCAGAUGUACAGUUGGAGACACAGCGACGGACCAAAUGGACCAGAUAUGAUCUGUGUCUUUUAAAUGAGCCACAUGUUCUUGCGAGACUGGAAGCUACUAUAGGCACCAGGCCAUCUUCACCAGCAGUAUUUGGAGGAUGAGAACGGUGAACGAACAACGCUGAUGCUUUUAGAUUGUCACAUCACUUCCUUACAUGAAGAAUGGUGAGUUUGCUUCAGGAUCAAGUCAUAUGAAAUGUAUGGCACUGUGGACCGUGAAUUGUAAAUAGUACACUCAUGAUAUUUUAAAUAUAUAUAUAAAAUGUUCUUGAUCAGCACUAAUAUAAUUUUAUUUACAGAUGCAACUGCCAGUAGGACACUCUUUGCAUUAUGAUAGCAGGUGUUUGCUAGUAGGAUGUGAUAUUUAUAUGUCUCGAAGCCGAUUGUGUCUCGUUUAUCCACGUGUUUAAUGGGUAGAUUUGCCAAAUCUUGCCAAACUGUCUCUCUUUUCUUCAUGAGUCUGACAGUGAAAACAAAAGUUGAUUCCCUUCGAAUCUGUGUAGGUUUAUACAGUUCAAGCUUGAGUUAUUGCCGGUGAUGAUAAAGUAAUUAAUGCCAGUGGUGAAACGUCAAAGCAUUUUGUUAUUACGACAGACAUAUACUAUACUAAGCAUAAAAGAGAAAUUCUGUCUGUAUUUUUUAUUUUCAGGGUCAUUUUGGGCUGCCUUAACCAUUGCAAUUUAUUAUAGCAAAGCUUUAUAAUACUAUUAAUAAUAGCAUUUAUAAAAAAUAACAGUCCACCACAAAAUCUCUUGAUACGUGUGGGUAGCUUUUCAAUGACCAUUUUCAUAAUCCAAAGGGGAAAUUAUCAUAUAGUCUGAAUAUAUAUAAGAAGUGUUGGCGAAAGUUACUUGUAACAGUAAUGCAUUACAGUAUUGUGUUACUCCCUAAAAAAGUAACUAAUUGCAUUACUAAUUGCAUCUACCCUGGACAGGGCUUGCUUGUUUGCUUUUAAUAAAAAGUUUUAUUUUUGUCAAAUGUAAAAGCUCUUUCACACCAAAAGUGAACUGAAUAAGCCUCAGACUAAGGGAAAUGUAAAUUCACAUCUGUACAGAAGUGGGCACAGCUCAAACAAACCUUUCAGCUGAAGAAUUGCAUGAAGAAUAGGAUGCAGGAGAAGAAAGUUCAACAUUCUUCAGCAAUUAAAAAAUGAAACACCAGUGUUAUGUUUAUCUAAAGUCAUUUUUGAAUAUUGGUGUGGUUGAAUUGGAUCAUCGAAGGUCACCAGCAAAGACACGUUAUUUGUGCUAUCUAACCUAUUUAAAGCUGCAGUCCAUAACUUUUGGCAUUCUAGCGGUUAAUAAGCAGAACUGUGUGAAUCUUGCUGAAGUCGGAACUGCUUCUCUCUGUUUACAGUUGAGGUCAAAAGUUUGCAUCCCCCUUUCAGAAUCACUAAAAAUGUUAUUUUACCAAAAUAACAGGGAUCAAACUAAAUGCAUGUUAUUGUUUAUAUAGUACUGCCCUGAAUAAGAUAUUUGACAUAAAAGAUAUUUACAUAUAGUCCAGAAGAGAAAAUAAUUGUUGAAUGUAUAAAAAUUACCCAGUUUAAAAGAUUACAUACGCUUGAUUUGUAAUACUGUGUUUUUACCUGAAUGAUACACAGCUGCUUUUUUCUUUCCAACAAUAAAUGUAUGAUUUUGAGAUCCAUCUUUUCACAAUGAGGACAACUGAGGGACUCAUAUGCAACUAUUACAGAAGGUUCAAACACACACUGAUGCUCAGGAAGGAAAAACAAUGCAU